CCGAGCCGGGUGCCCGGAGCGCCCUGCCCUACCCUACCCUGCCCUGCCCCUGCCCUGCCCUGCCCCGGCCGGCCCCGCUCCGCUCCCACCAUGAUGUCCAUGAACAGCAAGCAGGCGUUCAGCAUGCACCCCAUCCUGCACGAACCCAAGUACCCGCACCUGCACACCAGCUCCGAAGCCAUCCGCAGAGCCUGUCUGCCCGCCCCCCAGAUCCAGGGGAACAUCUUUGCGGGCUUUGACGAGACGCUGCUGCGGGGGGCCGAGGCUCUGGCCGCCGUGGAUAUCGUGUCGCAGAAAACCCACCCCUUCAAGCCGGACGCCACCUACCACACCAUGAGCAGCGUGUCCUGCACUCCUACCUCGUCCUCCGUCCACCUGCACCACCCGUCCGUGCUGACCACGCACCACCCGCACCAUCACCACCACCAGCCCUCGCAGGGCCUGGACGGGGAGCUGCUGGACCACCUCAACUCCGCCCUCCCGCUCGGAGGGGUGCCGGGCCCCGAGGUGGGCUCCACGCCUUCGCACCCGCACUCCCACAUGUCGGCCAUCAACCACAUGGCCCACCACUCCCAGCCUAUGAACGUGUCCCACCCCCACGGCCUCGCUUCCCACGCCGUCAUCUCCGGCCCCGAGACGGAGACGGACCCGCGGGAGCUCGAGUCCUUCGCCGAGCGCUUCAAGCAGCGGAGGAUCAAGCUGGGGGUCACCCAGGCGGACGUGGGCUCCGCGCUGGCCAACCUGAAGAUCCCGGGGGUGGGCUGCCUUAGCCAAAGCACCAUCUGCAGGUUCGAGUCGCUCACCUUGUCCCAUAACAACAUGGUGGCCCUCAAGCCCAUCCUGGAAGCGUGGCUGGAGGAGGCGGAGAGGGCGCAGAGGGAGAAAAUGACCAAACCCGAGAUCUACACGGGGGGGGACAAGAAGCGCAAGCGCACGUCCAUCGCCGCCCCCGAGAAGCGCUCGCUCGAGGCCUAUUUCGCCGUCCAGCCCCGGCCCUCCUCCGAGAAAAUCGCCGCCAUCGCCGAGAAGUUAGACUUGAAGAAGAACGUGGUGCGGGUCUGGUUUUGCAAUCAGAGACAGAAGCAGAAAAGGAUGAAGUUUUCUGCCACCUACUGAGGAAGGGGCUGGGGAGGCAGCGGUGCGGGGUGCGGGCGGUUUGCUGCCCCCCCGACCACCCCCCAGCCCUGCCCAGACAGGGCUCGGAGUUGUCGGCUUUUGUUUUGGGGGUGGGAGGGGGGGGGGCGGUUUAAAAAAGAUUGGAAAACAAACAAACAAAACAAACCCAAACCAAAAAAAAAAAAAAAAAGAAAAAAAAAGAAAAAAAAUCUUAAAAGAAAGAGAAACGCACCCAAAGUGAAGUGAGUGAACAGUUUGGUGCCUGCUCCUCACCCCUGGGCAAAGUGGCCCCGCUGUUCUGACUGGUACGGACUGCUUUUGUAGAUAAAACUGGAGGAAAAAAAAAAAUAAUAAUAAUAAAAAAAAAAGACGGAGAAAAAGAAAAAGACAAAACGAAAAGACCAAGGGGGAAGUUUGGGGGUGCCCGGAGUCGGGACAGCAGCAGCGAGAGCCCCGUGGGUCUUUGUCACGGCCCCUCCCGGCUUGGGGGCCGUGGCGCCGCUUGCUUCUCUGUGUCCGCUCCUCUUCUUUAAAAAAAAAAAAAAGAGAAAAAAAGGAAAAGAAAUGAGAAAGGAAAAGAGCUGGAAGCCAGCUGUAAACCCGGGGUGCUCCCCGCCGCCAGGGUCCCCGCACACACACGCACCUGCAUGGUUUUGUUCUCUCCCCUGCCCCCCGCAAACCCAUCGCCUUUUUGCAAUACCAUUUCUGUUUCUACCUCAUUGGCUAAAUUGAAAAAAAAAAUCUACAAAAAAGAAUAAAAAAAGGAGAAAAUAUUUAAAAAGAAAGGGGAAAAAAAAAAAAAUAAAUUGGCCGAUCCCUGGAGUUGCGGUUUUUUCGGGGAAUUUGGAGAUUUAUUUUGCGUUGGUUUCACUCAAACCGUUUGAUUUCCGUAUGAUUUUUUCCACUGUAUAAAAUCCUACGCUUCGACAAUCACGUCCUUGGGGCUCAGUGGAGCGGCGGGAGCGGCCCGGGGCGAUGGGGACGGACCCCGGCCCGGCCUCUGCGCAUAGGGAACUCUGCACUUUCGAAGGCAAGAAAACUCUUAUUUCCGCCCCCCCCCUUUCCUUUGCCUAUUUAAUAGAGAAAUUCGCCUCCUUUUCUUUCUUUCUUUUUUAUUUUAUUUUAUUAUUGUUUUUUUUUUUUUUUUUUUUUUAAAUUAAAGGAGAUUUCGUUCCGCUGUGUGUGUGCUGAAUGAAAUUUUGGUGUCCGUGUACGCUGCAGCAUUUCAAAUAAAUCAUGCACGUUUUACCUCACCCUCCUGCCUCCUGCAGUUACUGCGGCCCCGGGGCUCCCCUGCCUCGGGGAUCCUUUCCCGGACUCCCCGAGCGCCUUCUCCGCCCCACGGCCGGGAUU